AUGUCAUACGGCCCUCCGCAGGGUCAGGGUCAACCCCAAUGGGGAGGAUACCCUCCCGCAGGCCAGGGUUAUGGCUCGCCAUACCCUCAACAAGGUCCGCCGCAACACGUUGGCUAUCCACCACACCAGGGAGGAUAUCCCCCGCAGCAAGGAGGCUACAGUGCUCCUCCACAGCAUUUCGGAGGACCUCCGCCUCCCGCUGGGUAUGGUGGUCCUCCAGUGCUUCCUCCAGGCCAGCACCCCGUAGGCGGCCCUCCCCCUCAGCACGGAGGUUUCCCGCCGCAACAGUACGGUCCACCUCCUCUGCCGUCGCCAGGGUAUGACCCUCGAGCACAAGCGCAUGGUGAUGCCUCCGCCGACGCAGAUGCUCUUCGCGCCGCGAUGAAAGGGUUCGGCACCGACGAAAAGGCCCUCAUUCGAAUCCUGUCCAAACCCGACCCCUUGCAAAUAUCUCUGUUAAGAAACACAUACAACCAGCGGCAUCGUCGCGACCUAGAACGAGAUAUCAAGUCCGAAACAUCAGGCUACUUCCGCGAUGCGCUCGUGGCACUCGUACGAGGCCCCCUCCUAGAUGACGUGCACAAUGUCCAUGAGGCGAUCAAGGGCUUGGGGACGAAGGAGUCUAUGCUCAACGACGUCCUUCUUGGCCGCUCAAACGCCGACAUGCGCGCCAUCAAACAAGCCUACCAACAAACAUUCCAGCGCAGUCUCGAGGCCGACGUGAAGGGUGACUUGUCGAUGAAGACUGAGACAUUGUUCAGCAUGGUCAUGGCUGCAACAAGAAAUGAGGAAUCCACGCCUGUGAUCCUAGCCGAGCUUGACCGCGACUGUAGCGACCUGCAUCGCGCCAUGGGCGGUCAGAUCGGCACGGAUCAGAUCACCGUAUGCAGCAUCCUGUCCAACCGAAGCGAUGGCCAGAUCCGUGCCAUCAACCAACACUGGCAGCAGAAGUACCACGGCAGCCUAGAGAAGACGAUUGAUUCCGAGUUCUCAGGCCACAUGAAGGAUGCUCUAUUGUUGAUAGUUCGCCGCGCUUCGGACCGUAUCAUGUCCGACGCCGUACAGCUGGAAGAUGCGAUGGCCGGGCUCGGCACCAAGGAUGUUCUGCUCGUCCAGCGUGUCGUCCGGGUCCAUUGGGACAGGGCACACUUGGAUCAGGUCAAGCGCGCAUACACACACCGAUAUAAAAAGGACUUGAUCCAGCGUGUCAAAGGAGAGAUCCACAACAACAAACACUACGAGGGCUUGAUGGUUGCUUGUUUGUCUUGA